AUGUCAUUAAGUGCUGACUCCGAUACCAACGUAACCUCAACAACAGAUGAAAAACAUCACAUUCUUUUGGUAUAUAUUGUUACAGAGAACGGUGCAUAUGAAGGUGCUUAUGUUGAACACAACUUGGAACUGAUAGAUGAGGCUGCUGGUUCAUCAUUCCAGACCAUGAUAGAUAAUAAACAAGAAAUAAUGAAAUUAGUUCAUCAAUAUGGAACAGAACGAGAUACAUUAUGUUGUUUAGCAUUAGGAAUUAUUGAUAAUCCAUUAAAACGAGGAGAUAUGGAUUUAGAAGAUUCAAGUAAAUUUAUUGCUUAUGAAAAUAAUAUAACAUUUGUUGGUGUUGUUGAUAUGCUUGAUCCACCACGUGCAGAAGUUAUUGAUGCUAUAGAUCGAUGUCGUGAUGCUGGUAUACGUAUUAUUAUGAUUACUGGUGAUAGUAAGAAUACAGCUGAAGCUAUUUGUCAACGUAUUGAUAUCUUUCAAGAAUUGGAAAAUAUACAAGGCAAAGCAUUUAGUGGUCGAGAAUUUGAUGAUCUUUCAACAGAAGAACAAUCUAAAGCUUGUCAUCAUGCUAAAAUGUUUGCUCGUAUUGAUCCAACACAUAAAUCAAAAAUUGUUGAAUAUUUACAAUCUCAUGGUGAAAUAACAGCUAUGACAACUAAAACAGCUGCUAAUAUGGUUUUAGCUGAUGAUAAUUUUUCUUCAGUCGUUGCUGCUGUUGAAGAAGGUCGAGCUAUUUAUAAUAAUAUGAAACAAUUUAUUUGUUAUUUAAGUUCAUCAAAUAUUGGAGAGGUCGUUUGUAUUUUUUUGACUGCUGCUCUUGGUUUACCCGAAUCAUUGAUUCCUGUUCAAUUACUUUGGGUUAAUUUAGUAACUGAUGGUUUACCAGCAACAGCACUUGGUUUUAAUCCACCUGAUUUGGAUAUUAUAGAAUGUCCACCACGUAAUCCAAAAGAAUCAUUAAUUACACCAUGGCUAUUCUUUCGAUAUAUGGCUAUCGGAAGUAAAUUAACUUUUUCGAAAAUUUGA